UGUGAGAGAGAGAGAGAGAGAGAGAGAGAGAGAGAGAGAGAGAGAGAGAGAGAGAGAGAGAGAGAGAGGGAGCCAUGGAGCCUCACCACCACGCUUCGUGUUCCCAGGGGUUGACCCAGGAGGAGAUGGCAGCGCUGGAGCCGGUGAUCCGAACGCACCACACCUUCCCGGGGGCGCCGGGGACGUGCACCUCGCUCAUCACGCAGCGCAUCGACGCGCCCCUGCAAGCCGUGUGGCCCGUUGUCCGGCGGUUCGACAAGCCGCAGCGGUACAAGCACUUCAUCAAGAGCUGCAGCCUGGUCCACGGCGACGGCGGCGUCGGCAGCGUCAGGGAGGUCACCGUGGUGUCGGGCAUCCCGGCGUCGACGAGCGUCGAGCGGCUGGAGAUCCUGGACGACGACCGCCACAUCCUCAGCUUCAGCGUCAUGGGCGGCGAGCAUCGGCUCAAGAACUACCGGUCCGUCACGUCGGUCACUGAGUUCCACACGGAGGGCAAGGCCUACACCGUCGUCUUGGAGUCGUACGUGGUGGACAUCCCCGAGGGGAACACCGAGGAGGACACCAAGAUGUUCACCGACAUCGUCGUGAAGCUCAACUUGCAGAAGCUUGCGACGGUGGCGAUGGCCUCCUCGUGAGAUCACACACCUUCAAACUGUGGUUAGUUGGGCGAUGAUGAACAUGAACGAUUAUCCUCCUUUGUUUAACUCCAUUUCUAAUGGCUGCUGUACUCAGAAGAGAGGAGAGCAAGUGGGGAGGGUUCUUUAAUGACUGCUGCUGCUUUGUAUAUUCUAAGCCAUGGUGGUGGAUCGCUGUAUUAGUUUAAUGUCAACAUAUUAAGGAACGCUUCUGCCUUGUUUC